UCAGCAGUUAAGCAUUACAGCGAGGCAAAGCGCAAAAGUACAGCGAACUAGAAUAGACCUGUCGAAGGGGCGAGACAAGUGAGAAAAACAAUAUAAGAGUCAACAAAAAAACAACACCAAUAACAAGAACAAAUACGGACAUAGCUAAAGAAAUAAGUAGGAAGUUUGUAAACUACUAAGUAAAAUAAGAAGAGCUUACUUUGUUCGUCGUCAUAGAUAGCCGACCACAAAGCCUCAAGGCGAGCCGAGUAAGGUGUUUGGAACAUCGUCCGUUAAAGUAUCCGUUCGUCGGAUGGAGCUGAAUCGAGCAAGGUGUUGAUCGCGAAUUGGGGAGCAUCAGAAAUGAACUCGAACUACUCGCAUACGCUUGCACAAUUACUCUCUCAUACAUACAUAUACAUACUAUAUGUUCAUAUGGAAAGUUAAUGUGGGAGGCGAAGAAAGAGCGGUCAAAGAGGGAGUCAAAGUCGAGUGAAGUGCUAGGGAAGCAAAUGGUUAAUCACCGUUGAAGCUGCAGCUGCUGCACAACACUUGCAUGCAUAUGUGUGUGGAGAGCUCAUUCGUUACCAAACGACAGACAAAAACAACAAAUACUAUAAACUCUACACUGUAGUCUUACCAAUGUCUGUAGUUCGUUCAUUUGACAAAGUGCAUAAAGAGCAGAAAUGGGUGCAAAAAUGUGAGACGAAACAAGCGGUGGGAAAGAAGAGUUGGAGAUAAAUAAGUACAAUCGUACAUGAAAAAUAGUUGGCAUAAAAGAACAGUUGUUUGAUUCUUAAACGGAAUUUUGAUUGUUUUCAAAAAAAAAUAUAUGAUUUGAGUAUUGUGGUAAUUUCAUGAAAAUGUUGGAAUAAUUGAACUGUUUAAAAAUAUUUAUGAAAAACUCGGCAGGCGGUAUAAUAAUUGGAAAGGUUGAAUUUACCCAACCAACCCAUUUUGUAUUUUUCAUUUGUAAUCUAAACACAAACGCUAUUAGCAAGUGAAUUACUUUGGCGGACAGGAAUAGUUAAAUCGAGUAUAAUGGCCACUAAACCAUUUAAACGCACCAACAAAGGGGUCAAACGGCGCAAUGAGCGUAAUAUACUAACAUUUUACGAGAAAAUUGCCGUCAUACAUUACUACGAUGAGACGAGUGUUUCCCGGAACCGUUUGGCGAAGCUAUUCCACUGUUGCGCCACACAAAUUCGACGCAUCCUUGAACACAAAACCGAGCUGCUCCAGCAAUUGGCCACGCUCAGCGAAUCUGAUGCCACCAACUUUAUCGAAGAGAUGACACGCAAGCGACGCAAAUUCGAAAUGAGUGCCAUUAGUUUUAUUCUACAUCAGUGGGUGGAGCGUUGUCGAGAGUUGCGCUUGCGCAAAAACAUAACCAAUCAAACGCUCAAGGAUACAGCGCUCAAAAUGGCAGCAAUACUAAAUUUGCCCAGCUUUCGGCCAUCCUAUCGAUGGCUAGAUCGUUUUCGCGGCAAAUACAAGUACACGGAUGAGGAUUUGGGCACGUCAGAUACAAAUGCGACGGACGGUGAACUGGCAGUAGAAGAUAUUAUCAUAGAAUUUAAAGAUGCACUGCCAAAUUUCAUGCAAACAGAAAUCUCUGCGAUCACCUCACUUGAUAAAGCAAUGAAUGCAGAAAUAGAAAAAAGAAAUGGCGAAGUGCAAAGUGGAAGUCAUGAAAAUAGCAUAGAUUAUGUGCUUAGUGAUGAAGAUGAGGUGGAAGAGGUGAAAAAUGGUGCAGUCGAAGUUGAUAAUGAGAUAGCUUUGGUAGUGAGUGAUUCCAAAGAUUCUAGUGGAGGUGCAUCAAACACUGAUGUGAAUACUCUUUGUGCGAUAAACAACGUUGCUCUGGAGGAGAACGUCGAUCAAAUCAAAAUGAAUGCGGGCACCACGGCUGUACUAGGCAGUAUAUUCCCUCACCUGGCUGUCAUACACCAGUUUGCACUGCUCAACGCAGAUGUGAAGGCACUGGAAUUGAUCUCACAGUUGGGUGUGCAUAUGCAAAAGCAAGCUGUCGAGGGAGCAUAUAAGCAGCUGACGCUGGCGUCGACAAAUGAAGAAUCAGCUGCAGAAAAUAUGCAGACGGACGUGGGCAGUUUAUAUGCAGCAGAUCUUGACGAUAUUGUACUGAUUGAAUGAACAGUUAGCAUUUAAGUAAUAAAUAUGUAUGUACACAUAUCUAUACAUAUAUAUAUACAUAUAUGUAUGCAUGGAGGGAAAUUUUAUAUGUUCUAAAGAAUGAGCUCAACACUUUGGCCUUUAAAAAACACAGCCUUAAUAUUAUAGACUUAAUUUAAGAAAAAGAAAAAGAAGAAUUCACUUAAGUUUUCUAAAUAAGGAAACAAAUAAAUAUUUAUCAAUUUGUACUUACAAUUGGCAUAUCGAAAUACAUGCAAAUGCAUAUAUUUUUAGCACGUAAGGAUAAGAAUUUAGACAAACAUAGAAUAUGAAAAUAAACCAUACUUAGAAACAACUGAAA